GUACUUGAAAAAUUAGAUAAUUUCAAGAUAUAUAAUAUCAGAUAUAAAUGGACUGAGGAUUGCCUCUAAAAACGAUGGAACCAAAAGGACGAAAGAAGACUAAAGCAGAGAUCUUUAGUGAGUACCUCACUAAUCACUCAAGGAGGGAAAACUCUUUAAGGCGUAGCUCUCGAACAACGAGUUUGAGUAAUACAGAAAUUACUGACAGUGAUCAAUCACAGAAGAAUAGCUAUGAUUUCCAUGCUGCAAGUAGAAGGAGCCCUCGGAGCAAGUCCUCUCUUCCUAAACCUAUUGAUCGUCAUGAAAGUAAUCUUAAGGUUGAAAAUUAUUACUCAAGACGCAGAGAUAUCCCAAAGAAUCAUGACUCACAAAAGGAGAAGAAGCAGACACUUGAAGAAAGAAGUACUUCAUCAGCUCCAAUCAGGCUUUCUCAGAGCUCUCAAAAUAGCCAGAGUUCAGUUAAAAAGGAUCAGGAUUAUACUAGUAGUAAAUUUAACUUAUCCCAAGACACAUCCACUGGAGCGCCCUUCAGUUCAUUUAUGAAUACUCCUAAUCGUGCUCCUAGUGAUAGAGAAAUUGGAAGCCAUAGUUAUGAGAAUAAUUCCCAAAGAUCAUCAGUGAGAAACAGAAAUGAGUUAGCAAGAGGAUACCAAAUGGCAUCACCAAUGUUUCCUUUGUCCCCCUCACAAAGCAUGGGGUCUCAAAGCCCACAGAUGAUCAGACCUUUAAGCUUCACUCCGGGAGGAAUGAACAACGGAGAGAUUCCAGGAGCAAUGGGAAUGAUGCCAGGACAUCCAAUGCCUCGUUUCCCAGGAUCUAUGACAAAGAUGGAGAUGCGAGAUCAACCUCCAAUCAUGCCAUCAGCAGGGAUUCCAGAUCCAAACCCAAUGGUAAUGAAUAGGUUCAAUGGCCUCCAAGGACAAGGGAUGCCAAGGAUUUCCUUGCUAGCAACUCCUUCCCAACUUUCAAUGAAAGCAGAGGAAUGUAUGAGUCAGGGAUCGUCGCAUUCUCCAGCUAAUAAGAUGUUUAGAACUAUGAAUAAAAGGGAAAUUAAAGAAGAAAUGAAGAUAGGCUCACCCGCCUACCACGGGUUUCCUUCUCCUGCUCAGUAUAGCAAUAGGAGCCAGAUGAUGGACAAUCUGAGUCAAAUGGAGCGAUAUUCUCCGAACUCUUCGCAAAGAUUUAAUCCUCCCAUUGGCCAAAUGGUGAACAGCAUCGAGCGUCAGAUAAGAGGGCUUCCUCAGAUGUAUUUUCCUAAAAAUGAUAUGAUGAGGAACCCUCUUUACAAAUUUGAGGGCCAGUAUGAUUACAAACGGGAUGAAGGGAUGAUUUAUCAUGAUGACAAACCUGUUCUGCAGAACAUUGUCUCUACUUGAAAUCUUAACUGAACUUUGGACCUUCAGAGAAUAGCUACUCAUGCAAAGAACACAGAGUACAAUCCGAAGAGAUUUGCUGCUGCUAUUAUGAAGAUCAGGCAACCUAAGACGACAGCAUUGGUGUUCUCUAGUGGAAAGAUGGUCUGAACUGGAGCAAAAUCUGAAGAAGCCUCUAAAAUUGCAGCUAAGAAAUUUGCUAAAGCUAUCAAAUUAAUGGGAUUUGAUGUCCAUUUCUGAGAUUUUAAGAUUCAAAAUAUUGUUGGAUCAUGCGACUUGGGAUUCUCCAUCCGCCUUGAAGCUCUUAACCAAUCUCAGAGUCGUUUCUGAAGUUAUGACCCAGAGAUUUUCCCUGGUCUGAUUUACCGUAUGCUAGAGCCUAGAGUUGUAGUACUAGUCUUUGUUAGUGGCAAGAUUGUUCUUACUGGUGGUAAAUCUCGAUCCCAAAUUCUUGACGCUUACGAUUACAUCAAGCCCAUCCUCUCUUUACACCAACAAGGGCCUGAAGAAGAUGAUGAAGAAGGUGAUAUCAAGGAAGAGAAAUACCUCAAAAACGAGCGAUUUAUCAAGGACGAGUAAAUCUCGUAAAAUCUUCAAAUAGUAUUACCCAAUUUUCAAGUUAAUUAU